AUGGCGACUCAGUGGUUCUCCAAUAUGGUGAUGGACGAGCCGAGCUUCUUCCACCAGUGGCAGUCGGACGCGACGCUGGAGCAGUACACGGAGCAGCAGAUCGCCGUGGCCUUCGGGCAGGGGGAGAUGGAGGCGGCGGCGCUGAUGCAGCAGCAGCAGCAGCAGUACGCGGCGGCGGCGGCGGGCGAGCACCGGCCGCGCAAGGCGGCCAAGGUCAACACCAGCUGGGACUCGUGCGUCACGGAGCAGGGCUCCCCCGCCGACUCCUCCUCCCCGACCAUCCUCUCCUUCGGCGGCCACGCCCACGCCGACGCGUUCGCCAAGGCGCCGCAGGCCCCCAGCGCCGCCACCGCCUACUACGGCGCGGCGGCGCCCGUGAAGCCCAAGCAGGAGGUCGACGCGGGGGGCGUGGCGCCGUUCCAGCAGGUCAAGCGGAGCUACGACGCCAUGGCCGCCGAGCCCGCCAGGGCGCCCUCCCGGCCGGCCGCCCAGAACCAGGACCACAUCCUGGCGGAGCGGAGGCGCCGCGAGAAGCUCAGCGAGCGCUUCAUCGCGCUCUCCAAGAUCGUGCCGGGGCUCAAGAAGAUGGACAAGGCGUCGGUGCUGGGCGACGCGAUCAAGUACGUCAAGACGCUGCAGGAGCAGGUGAAGGGCAUGGAGGAGGUGGCCCGGCGGCGGCCGGUGGAGUCGGCGGUGCUGGUCAAGAAGUCGCAGCUCGCCGCCGACGAGGACGACGGGUCGUCCUGCGACGAGAACUUCGAGGGCGCCGACGCCGGGCUGCCAGAGAUCGAGGCCCGGAUGUCGGACCGCACCGUGCUCGUCAAGAUCCACUGCGAGAACCGCAGGGGCGUGCUCGUCGCCGCGCUCUCCGAGCUCGAGAGCAUCGACCUCGCCAUCAUGAACACCAAUGUGCUCCCCUUCACCGCCUCCUCCAUCGACAUCACCAUCAUGGCCACGGUCAGCCCCCAAUCAUCUCCUCUUCUUAAUUCCUCCAUAAUUUACUACUCAAUUAAUUACAUGGUCUCACUCACUCAAUCAUGUAUUAAUCUGAUGCAGGCCGGCGAGGACUUCUCGUUGUCUGUCAAGGACAUCGUGAGGAAGCUACAUCAAGCGUUCAAGUCGUCGCCAUGA